AUGGCGACCAGUAUCAACGCAGAUACGUUGACCUUUGACGACGCUUCGCGAAUAAGUACAAAGACUUGUGCCACUUUGGCUUUACAUUCGUCACAACCCUUUCUCAUGAAAGAGGAUUUCCUCUUGAGCUCCUCGACGAACAGGUUUCAUCAAGUCUUGAUAAUCUUUAUCGUACGGUUCUCCUACAAUGGCAGGAUCGAAGAGCGUAUGCCACUAAUGGCAAUCCGUUUACCACCAGAUUUCAAACAAUAUCAUCCGAGAGAGUAUGCGAAUUUUUUGAAAAACAAAUGGAAGCUGACGAGUACCUCCAUCACGAAAUCACGGUUCUCAUAG